AUGAUCAUAGUACAAAAAGAAGAAGAAGAGAUGGAACCAACAAAAUCAAAAUCUAGUUCAGCAUCUUCUGUAAAAAAGACAAAAAAGACAGAGAAGCGUGAUGUAGCAGCUGAAGAAUCUGCACAUGAAGAAAGUGAUGUUCAAGUUAAAGACAAGAGAAAGAAAAAGAAAUCAACAGCUGUUCCAAAAGAUACAGCUGCUUCUUCUUCCUCCUCCUCCUCUCAAGUAGACCAAGCUGAUGCCAAUUCACCAUCAAUGGCCAUCGACGAACCAAAUGAAUCACCACGCAGCAGCACAACAGUGACCUCUACCUCUUCUACCUCUUCUACCACCACCACAUCAAAUGUAACCAAGACACCUCAACACAAUGGUAGCAUAAGUCACAACAUUUCAACACCAAUUCAAACACCAUCAUUCCAAAAGUUAUUGUCGAUGACCACUCCAUUGGCCUCACCAGGUGGUCGUUCUUCAACGGCUGCACGUCUCAAAGAGAGAGAAGAUCUCAUUCAAUUAAACAGUAGAUUGAGAGAUUUGUUGGCAUCAAGUGAACAAAAGGACAAUGAAAUCAGACGUCUUCGUGACGAGUACAUUACUACUUCACGUCAAUCUACAGAUCAAAUUUCCAAUUUGGAAAAGAAAUUGGAAGACAUUGAAGCUAGGUUGGGAAAUGAAUCCAAACUCACCGUUGAAUUAUCAUCUCAAUUACAACUUGCCCACCAAGAUGCUCGUUCCAAGGAACAAGGUCACCAAGCUGAAAUUCAAAACUUCCAAAACAAGAUGGACGAAACCAUCAAAAAGAUCACCGAAGAAAACAGUCAACUCGUCGUAGCUUUACGUAAUGACAAUAGUAAAAAGGUUAUGGAAAUUGAAUCACUCAAGAGUGAUGUUAGACAAUUACAAGCAGAGUUACUCACCCGUUCCAAAGAGGCAGAGGAAAAGGCUCAUCGUAUCCUCGAAAGUGAAUAUAAUCGUACAAAGUUAAAGGAAGAAGAACUUCGUAAUCAUAUCAACCAAAAAGAUGCUGAAAUUAAAAAAUUAAAGACUGAAUUAAAAGAAAAGGAAAAAUUACAAGUUGAAUAUUCAAGAAAGGAAUCACAAUUACAACAAACAAUUGAAGGAUAUGAAAGACAAGCAGAAGAUAUGAGAGAUAGUGUCAAUAGAGAAUGGGAAAUCAAGUGUGUACAAUUGGUUGAAGAACAAAAUGCAAAGAUUACUCAACUCGAGAUUUCUGCCAAUAGUUUUGAGGAUGAAAAAGAAAUCUACAAGUCGCAACUACAAGUCUACCAAGGACAAAUCGAUGAUCUCAAUAUCAAGAACCACGAAUUUGAGGACAGGAUUAUUUCACUCCAAAAGGAUCUAGAUACCAAGGACGAUACCAUUUCACAAUUGGCCAAGGAAAUUGAUGAAGUCAAAAAGGCAGCCAGAAAGGUACAAGCCGAUUCCAAGAAGAAGGACAUUGCCAUUGCCAUGUUACAAGAUGAAAUCAACGGAAAGGAUGUCAAAUGCAAUAGCCUCCAAAGCGAAAUGGGCAAGUUGCGUAAGGAACUUAUCAUGUUCACCAAUGCCUCUCCAGAACAAGAUAUUCCACUCACAAGAGAAAUCGAACAACUCAAGUCAUUGGUUAAUAACUUUGAGAGACGUGUCAAACGCAAGAGAGAAGAAGAUGAAGACGAAGAGUCCAACCAAGAUGAACAAAUGAAUGGUGGUCAACAACAACAACAAAACCAACAACAUCAACAACAACAUGACCAACAACAAAAACAACAAUCUGAAGAUUUCCAAGUAAAUACUAUAUCUUUACUAUCAAUCGACGCCAUUAGUGAAUGUAUCCGUCUUACCGUUAGUGGUGAUUUUGAGGAUGGUGUUUCAAUCAGCGGAUACAAGAUUGUGGUUACCAAGCCAGACUCGAGCCGUAUUGGUUUCUCAUUCCCAGAAAACAUUGUUCCAUUCAAGGGACUUAAUAUUAUCAACCUUUUCACUGGCAAGACUCGUCCAGGCACCACACCACCAAAUGAAUUCUAUUGGUCUCGUCCAAACAUUUGGGAAUCCCCAGAAGGAACUAUCGUCAAACUGCUUACCCCAACUGAUGAGGUACUUGCCAACGUGACUUUACCAUCAAACGGACUAUACCACAAGGAUGACAAACAAUCAAAUUGCUUAAUCAUGUAA